AUGAGUUGGGAUCCAUGGGAUUACUAUCCUUCAUGGGGUGGAAUGAUCUAUGACGAUCCUUAUUGGGAUUAUUAUCGAUACCGUCGACCAUACCGUGGAUAUCCUCGAGUAUAUGACCCAUACCGUUACGGUCGAGGAUAUGGUCGACAUCGGUACCGAUAUGGCGGAGGAUAUCCUUAUGGAGACUACUGGCCUGGUUAUUGAUCUUCAUGUAUUACGAAUACAUUUUCUCCGUUUUGGAAUGAACAAUGGUUGGUUAGAAAUGUUCCUCGAACAGCGAAACUUUCAGUUGAACUCUUUGAUAAAGAUGAUGAUAUAGUCAGUGAUCAUUACAUUGGGAAUUUUAAAGUAGCUCUUCUUCCAACAAAUCGUCGAUUGAUUGAAAUCAAAGACAGUUGUGGCAAAGUGCGAGGAACAUUCGAAUUGAGCAUUAAUCGUUUGUCUUCAUCAGCCGAGACACCAAUUCUUCGUCCAUAUACAUUUGAUGGUCCUGUUCGUUAUUCUCGUCACAAUUCAUUGACUCUUGGUCAUUUAGCCAAAGUCAAUGAUGAGCGACUUUAUUCAACUUGGGAAAUUUAUCUAAAACGAAUCGAUUAUUUCUUUAAUCUGAAUCAAAAACAGAAGUGGGAUCCAUCGAACAAAGCAGCAAAAUUGAUAUUCGAAGGACCAAUGGCAUUUGGUGUGCAAACAUUGAUGAAACGAGCAUAUCAUAUUCUCUAUGCGAAACAUACAACAAAUCAAUUUGGUGUUUUAAAUUCUAGUGAUGAUCUUUGGAAAUUAUUAUCUGAUGAAACAAAACUCAAUAUAAAACCCUGUGUUUAUACUUACAUUAUUGAUGAUACAACAUGGAAAUUUUGUGAAACAGGUGCGUCAUUUUCCGUUGACUUUGCAUCAAAACACGCUCUUCAUGCAAAUUGUUCCGAAACUGUUUGUUACGCAGGAGAAUUUCAUCUACGACCAAUUUGUGGAUGGAAUAGAUUCAAUUCAUCUGACCCGUUAGAUUUUGAUCAAUGGGAAUUAGUUAUUGAUAAUGGAUCAGGUACCUAUGCACCGGAUCGAUCACUUCUUAGUAAAUUGAAAAAUUUACUAUCUUUCAAUUUUCCUGGUUUGAAAGUUGUUACUUAUCAUUUUGAAGACCCUCAAUUGAAGUCGAGUAUUGAAGCUUGUCGAUCAUUUGCUAACUCUUGUUCAAUUAAAUCAAUGAAAACAACUGAAUAA